AUGAUGGCUACGAAUGAGCACAGUCCCGUAUACGAAGGGGAGUCCUUUGAUGACGCCCGUGAGACUGCCGAGAUCCAGGAGACCCUCAACGUCACGAUUCCCCAAACAACCUCCACCCGAUCCUUGACCGAUAGUCCGCCAAUCGGCUCACACCAGUCUCCGGAAUCUACGGAGAGACCUCCGCUGCCUUCUGAAUCGCAGGCCGAGAAGAAGCACGAGACCGGCGACACGCAGGAGCAAGAUGGCGAGGGGGAGCAGCCCAAGAGCAAAGGCAAGAAGAAGAACAAAAAGAAAGGGAAUAAGAAGAAUGACGGAUUUGAGACCAACGACGAGACCAAUCACGACACCGACGAGGUGAACACCGCGACCGACAAGCCCAAUGAGAGCGACAAGCCGGAGCAAGGACCCGAGGUUACGCAGACAGAAACAGAGACGACUCAGGAGGAACACCACGAGCAUGAGCCAAAAUCGCCUUUGCUCACUUCCCACCGGUUGUCAACGGGCUCAUCGCUCGCCGAGGUGAACCUAGUGAACAGUAACCAGGAGGAUCCGACAGACACAACACCUCGCCCCGAAGAGAAGAUGGAGCCUCCUCCAUUGCCCCCGAAGGAUGAAUCAGCGCCAGCGAGCUCUGGGCUGAUGGGUCUGUCAGGAAGCCUUCCCUCGAUGCCAUGGGGAGCACCUCCAGUAAACAAGAACCCCCCACCUGUGGCCCCCCCUCCUGCCCGAAAACCGAGCGGUCCAUUCGCGUGGUUCUCUCGCAGUUCGACCUCGACCGGCAAAGAAGCCAAAUCUCCUUCCCUUACAGCCAGCCGACGAAACACCGCCACCUCCGUAUCGACCCUCGCAAGCAACCUGGACCACCGUGAUGGAGACGAUAUCUCGAUUGGCUCGAAGAAGCCAAGGCGCAACAGCUUGAAGGAUCAGUUUAAGAUGUUGCGGUUGCGCGAGGAGAGCUUUGCGCCAGAAGCAGAUCAGACGAGCGCUCGAUCAGGCCAGGCCAGCAUCAGCCAGUCUGGAGCCAUCGCAUCGCCAACUCCAUCACCCGGCGCGGCUCAUCCCAGCGCGAGACAUGACUCUGUGACUGAUGCCUCUGUUCCGGUGGACUGGGAGAUGUGGCAACAGCUGGUGAACAAUGGACCACAAGCCCUGGCAAGCUCAGAGGAAUUGAACGCUGCGAUCAAGCGCGGAAUUCCACAGACCAUCCGAGGAGUGAUCUGGCAGAUCCUGGCAGAUUGCCAGACCGCUGAACUGGAGGAUACGUACCGUGAGCUUGUGGCACGGGGUACUGCACAGGAGCGAGAUGGAAGACCGACUGGUACUGAAACCACAUCGUCGCGCUCUUCCGUUCGCUCGCAGCACUCGGAAUCUGUCUCGCGCUCAAGCAGCCAGACCCCUAGCCCGACCCAAGAGGGGGAUGAUAAAUUGAAGGAACAUGCGGCCGGUGAGGCUGAGCGUGCUAAGAAAGCGAAGACUGAUGCGGUAGCUCUGGCAAAGCUGGAGAAGGUCAUCAGGCGAGACUUGGGUGCCCGCACCAGUUAUGCUAAAUACUUCGUUUCUCAAGGAAGCCAGGAAGGUUUGUUUGGUCUUUGCAAGGCAUACGCAUUGUAUGAUGAGGGAGUCGGAUACGCGCAAGGCAUGAAUUUCAUUGCCAUGCCCUUGCUUUUCAAUAUGGACGAAGUUGAUGCAUUCGCCAUGCUUGUCAAACUUAUGAACAAGUACUCGCUACGGGAUAUGUUCAUUCAAGAUAUGCCUGGACUUCACCGCAGCCUGUAUCAGUACGAGCGAUUGUUGGAGGAUCUUGAGCCUGCUCUCUACUGUCAUCUCCGCCGGCGGGGCGUUCCUCCUCAGCUAUAUGCCACUCAGUGGUUCUUGACGUUGUUUGCCUAUCGCUUCCCGCUGCAGCUGGUGCUGCGCAUCUAUGACUUAAUAUUUGAAGAGGGACUGGAGACCACUAUCCUCAAGUUUGGUGUUGCGAUCAUGCGACGAAACUCGGAAGCCCUCCUUGGGAUGAAGGACAUGAGCGCGCUUACGACCUUCUUGAAGGAGCGCUUAUUCGACGCCUACAUAGAUAAACAGCCAUCCACAUCCUCGAUCCUGGAAUCAGGCUUCUUCGGCAGCUCUGGCGCUGCAGAUAAGGAAGUCUACCGAUCCGAUAUUCUGGUACAGGAUGCCUGCGCUAUCCCUCUUACUUCCGACAUGCUCGUUACCUACACCGCGGAGUGGGAGGAGAAGACUCGCACCGAAAAGGAGCGUGAACACGAGCUUGACCACCUGCGACAUACUGUCGGCAUCCAAGGGGCCCGGGUGCGACUCCUCGAAGAGCGCGCCGAGGCCUCAGAUAAGGAACAUGUGCAACUGGCCUCUGAGCUGGUGCAUGUAAAGGUUGAGAAUGAAGAACUACGCGACGUCAACGAUGCAAUGAAGGUGCAAGUCGACGAGCUCAAGAACGUGGUUGACAAGCAGCCCGCUGAAGUGGAGGAAAAGCUUCGAUUGGAGAUGGAGCGCAUCAUGAAACGAAACAUUGAAGUGCAGAACGAGAACCGCGCGAUGGAAGAAUCUAUGUUCGAGAUGGAGAAGGAAUUAGUCGCCACGAAGAUGAAGUGGGCAGAGAUGUCUGAAAAUCACGAAACCCUCCGCCAAAAAUGGAGUGACCUUCGUCGCGCCCUUGACUAA